CAGCUCUCAACACCUCCAUCCCUUCAAAGACGACUUUCGCGAAGGGUACGCUUCAUUGCGUGCGAAUCGACACUGUCUGGAGCUCGCUAGCGCAAGUCAAUUGUGCGUGUACGAAAUGGAAGCCAAGCACCCGUCUGCGGAGGAGUACUCCGAGAUCAUCGCGCGGCGCGAGGAGAAGAUCAGGGAGGACUGGAUCCGAACAAUGCAGGCGCGGAUAGUCAGAGAGGAGCUGCAAAAGUGCCACAAGGCCGAAGGUGUCAACCACUACCAGGUCUGCCACGAGCUCGCGCAGACCUACCUGGACUUGCUCAAGGACGCAAAGGUCAAGGGCUAUCGAAUCAUUGACCAAUAAACACCACAAAUGCAAUGCUACUUUUAUGAAUAGAUUUCUAUUGCGUGAGGCUAAUUGUCUA